AUGUCUGACGACGCCGCCGGCGCGCCCGCGACUGCUCCCGAGCAGGUCGAGAAGAAGGAGGAGGCUGCCACCACUGUGGUCCACGCGACCGAAGACUCUGUCGACAAGCCUGUCGCAUCCGACGAGACUGUCGAAGCCCCCGCUGCUGCCGCGUCAGAGGACAGCGAGGCCAAGAAGUCCGCGGCGGAGAGCGCAGAAGCUGCUGCGGCACCGGAUAGCGACGGCGCCCCCGCCGCCGAGGCUGACGCGAAGGCGUCCGAGGGGGAUGCCAAGGAUUCUGAGGCGAAGCCCAGCGAUGCUGCCAGCGCGCAAGACAAAGACGACAAGGAUAACGAUGCCGAAAUGAAGGAUGCUGAUGCCACCGCUGCCGCCGACGAUGAUGACUCGGCCGCGGCCGCUGCCGACGAGUCGGCCGUGCUCGACACCCCCGCCGGCGACAAGUCCAAGGGCCGUCGCAAGUCCACCUCGGCUGCCGAGGCCAAGGGCAAGAAGCUCAACAAGAAGGGCUCCAAGGCCAGGAUCUUGCACCUCGACGCGAAGCCCGGCGAGCACUACCUCGUCAAGCUCAAGGGCCACCCUCAAUGGCCCGUCAUCAUUGCCGACGAGGACAUGCUGCCCCCUAGCCUCACCGAGCCCAAGCGUCCCGUGACCUGCCUGCAGGCGGACGGCACCUAUCGCGAGGACUUUGCCGACGGCGGCAAGCGCGUCGCUGACCGUACUUUCCCCGUCAUGUACCUCCACACCAACGAAUUCUCCUACGUGCCCAACUCGUUCCUUCAGGAGCUCUCGAGUGAGCUCGCCACCGAGAUGCUCGAGAAGAAGAUCAAAAACAAGAAGCUCGAGGCAGCCUUCGAACUUGCCGUCGAGCAAAACUCGCUCGAGUUUUACAAGGACCUGCUGAACGAGCACGCCGCUGAGCUCGCUGCCAAGGAGGCUGCCGCCGAAGAUGCCGCCGCCGCUGCCGCCAGCAAGAAGAAGAAGCGAGCCUCCAUUGCGGCGGUCGAGACGGAGGAUGUCGACAUGGCCGAUGCCUACGACGAGGAGGUUGAGGAUGUCGAAGUCCCCGCCAAGUCGAAGUCCAGCAAGAAGCGCAAGGCCGAGGAGGCGGCGACUCCCCAGCGAUCGGAUUCGGCUAAGAAGCCCAAGAUCAAGCUCACCACGUCCUCCACGCCCAAGGCCACCAAUGGGACGUCGACGCCCAAGGCGGCAAAGGAGUCUGCUGCCAAGCCGGCAAAGACCAAGUCCAAGAAGGACGGCGCUGAGAAGAAGGCGGAGAAGGAGACACCCAAAGAGCCGGAGCUGAGUGCGGAAGAGAAGCACCAACGCAAGGAACGUGAGGUUCUCUUCCUCCGUCACAAGCUCCAGAAGGGCCUCCUCACCCGCGAGCAGAUCCCCCAAGGAGGACGAGAUGAAGAUGAUGUCCGAGUCUCGAUCAUCCGGGCGACCAAGAUCAACAAGGUGCUCAAGGCGAUCCUCAAGCUCGACUCUAUCCCUAAGGAGGCCGAGUUCAACUUCAAGUCUCGCUCCCAGGCGUUGCUGGACAAGUGGACCAAGAUUCUCAGCACCGUGGACGGUGUUGCCGCCCCGUCGACAGCCAACGGAGUCAACGGCAACACGGAGAAGAAGACGGAGCCGAACGGCAUCAAGGACGAGGCCAAGGUGGACGCCAAGUCGGAGGAGGCGGCCGAGGCGAAGAAGUCGACACCCGAGGCGACCGAGGAGACUGAGGCGAAGCCAGAGGGAACGCCAGAGAAGACAGCCAAUGCCCAGCAACAACAACAACAUCAUCCGGGCAGCCGGACGGCUCCUGCCAAGCCAUUGUGGCUAUAG